AAACAACAAACGUUACAAUUUAAAACGUAUAGUGACAGCCCGUCCCACUUGCAAGAAUUUUUAGGUUUAUUUUGGUAAAUAAUUUCAUUUUGGUCUGACGUAAGCAAAAAUAUAAAUGUGUUUUUGGAAAUAAAAAAACCCACAAACCCAAACUAUUUUUGUAUGCAAUUUAGAACAAUCGUCUCAGAAAUACAUAGCUUCUAGUAAAUUCCAUAGAAUAAUUAAAAAAAAGACGUUUCCUUUGGGAAGGACUAUAAAUGAUAGUAUAAGUAUCUUUAUUUGUGUAUGGAUGUUGAAGAAAAAUAUUUGUAUAAAUAAAAUCAGAAGCAGGUUGUUGGGAGAUUGUGUGAACUUUAUGGAUGACGAGGAGGCAGAAGUGGGUGCGUCGGGGCAGGUGGAGUCUGGGUUCAAACCCCGUGAAGAUCUCAUCGAAAUAAUCAUGACUCUCGGAUUUAGUCGGAAUGCAGCUAUCAAGGGUCUGUUCUACACAGGUAACUUCAAUGCGGAGCUGGCGGCCGGGUGGCUGUUUGAAAACCAGGACAAGAAUCUCGAUGGGCCGUUGGAGGAUGACCUUGAGGGUUCGGAGGAUGAUAGUGACAUUGAGUACAUGGGUUCGGGAGACUUCUACAAGAUGGUGUUUGUCGUGAACUGCCAGCUCGAGAUGGGCGUCGGGAAGAUAGCGGCACAGGUCGCGCACGCGGCCCUGAACCUGCAUCGUAAACUUCUCAGCAACCAGCAGACGUAUGGACAGAUGCUGCUCAGCUGGGAACAGUAUGGGGAAACAAAGAUUGUCCUAAAGGGAGAGAACUCAGCUCAGUUGGCCGAUCUCGCUGCAGUUGCGGCUGCCAGUGAAGUUCCUUACUACAUCGUGGAGGAUGCAGGCAAAACUCAGAUAGCACCCGGAUCAACCACAGUGCUAGGCAUCAUGGGAAAAGUGGAAGCAGUUGACCAAAUCACUGGAAAACUAAAACUGUUGUAGCAAAAAAGAAAAGAAAGUAGGAGGACAAACAUUAGAGAAGUUGAAGUCGGCCAUUCAUUGUGUACAGGUUUUUUUAAUGCAGGGUGGUGCUUAUUGGGUUGGGGUGGGCUUGCUAUCAUUUUUGCUCAAAGCUGAUUUUCAUUUACUUACACAACAAACAAUUUUUAUUUUAGGAUAUACAUGGAAAAUAAAUUAUUUUUCUGAAUUUGCAGGGCUUGCUCUGGGCGAUCAAAAAUUAUUGUCAAAUUAUCCCAAAAAUCCAAAACCUAUAGUUAUUUUCCAACAAAAUACCAAUUAUUGUUUUCUGACAAAUUGAAAUAAAAUUCGACCAUUGUUCUUAAAAUUGGCGAAUUUGCGGGGUAGCAGAGCUAGCCCGGAUUAAGUAAAACUUGAAAAUGAAAACUUGAAAAUGAAAACUUGAAAAUGAAAGUUAUCAUGAGCAAGAGAGACUAGUAUGCAGUUGAAAACACACUAGUAGUAAUAUAAACGAGAAUAGUAUUUAUUAUAAUGCACUAAAACAGAAAUGUUAUUAUUACUUCAUGAUCUCUCAGCAUAGUGUAACAUGAAAUAUGUGUACGAUUCAUUGUGUGUGUGUGAGAGAGAGCGAGAUUAUUAUUGGUGUAAUAUUAAAUGUGUACGAUCAUUAUGAUGCACUAUUUUAAUUGUGAGAGAAUAUAAUGGAGAGAGAGAGAGAGAUGCUAUUUGUGCCUAGUGUAAAACAAUGUGACUCUGAAACGUAUAUCAGCCUGGGGGUGGGGAUGUGUGGGUGCAUUGAAGCAUUGUACCGACGUAUGUCAGCCUGGGGUGUGGGGGUGUGUGGGUGCAUUGAAGCAUUGUACAGACGUAUGUCAGCUUGGGGGUGGGGGGUGUGGGUGCAUUGAAGCAUUGUACUGACGUAUGUCAGCCUGGGGUGUGGGUGUGUGUGGGUGCAUUGAAGCAUUGUACAGACGUAUGUCAGCCUGGGGGUGGGGGUGUGUGGGUGCAUUGAAGCAUUGUACUGACGUAUGUCAGCCUGGGGGUGGGUGUGUGUGGGUGCAUUGAAGCAUUGUACAGACGUAUGUCAGGCUGGGGGUGGGGGUGUGUGGGUGCAUUGAAGCAUUGUACAGAUGUAUAUCACAUUGUAUUUUGUUUGUGUAUGUUACUAUGUUGACUGUUUAUGGCCUGCUAUCAAUGUAUGCACUGCAGUGUCUCGAUAUCUUGUUAUUUUCCAUGUGUUCGAAAACAAAACAUCCAUCAGUACAGAAGUUUGUCAUAUGCGUCACAUUAUACAGAAUUUCCUGAUGCUUGCUGGAAACACUUGUUAAAAUCCAUAUAUGGAAAUUUAAUUUUUUUUUAAUUUACUAAAACAAACCUUGUAAUAGAAAUUUUAAAUAAAGUGUUAACAGUUUUGAAAGUCCAAUUAUUAAAACGUAUUCAUAAAUUUGCUAAAAACUAUUUUGAAAAUGCAUGGAUGGAGAUGUAUAUUUUUUGAAGUUUUGUUGUAUAAAACAAUGCAUGGAUGGAAAUAUUAAUUUUUGUGUGUAGAAACAUGUACAUGGGAAGUGGGUCAGUUGUAGAACAAAUGUUUGUGUAUAACAUUGUUUUAAGAUGUUUUCACAGCAGGCAUCAUCUGUCAUGCGGUGUAUAGCAUACUUUUUGGGGGGUUAAAUUGGUGUAUAGUGUACUCCUUUUUUUAAAAUUGGUGUAUAGCGUAAAAAAAAUUGUUAAUCGGUGCAUAACGUACAUUUUUUUUUAAUCAGUGUACAGCGUACUUUUUUUUUUUAAUUGGUGCAUAACGUA